AUGCAGCCCGCCGUAGAAAACGGAGAAAAAUACAUUAUAAAGACCGUCGAAGACUUGUCUACGAUAAACAGUGAUGCUGCGACUGAUGAACACAGCUCAAUCAAAAAUCCUGGUUCUGGACAUCGUGUCUCAGCCGAGAACUACGGUUCGAGUUACGGCUCGAUUGAAGACCUCGGUUCUGCUGGUAACGGUUCAACCGAGGAUCGCAGUCUUCGUGAACGCUCGAUCAAAAACCACGAUUCUGCCACGGGUCAAGAACCGACCGAUCACCACAGUUUCGUGGUUCGGGACUCGGCCGGGGGCCGCGGCCGCGGUUUCACGACCACGGGCUGUCUCGAAGGAUUGGUCCGGACAGAUGGCCACGGCCGACAGCUGGUCCUGUUGGACGGCAAUACGGUUUACCGGCGUGGACAUCGGUCUAUGUCGUCUGGAAGUGGCCGCGUUAAGGUGAUGGCCGGUCACCGGGGUGGUCAUUAUCCCGCGUUCGCCCGUUACGUAGGCGCUGGUAUGCUGGACGCGGCCGUCGCCGGCCCGGACCAAGGCAGACAUCCGACCGCUACGCAAGUACUGACAGCCAUCCGGGAGUUGGACGACCGCUGUGGUGUACUGGUGCUAGUGGCCAACGAAAUGGCGGCCAUCCUCAACUACGGUAUCGCCGCCCAAAAGGCACGCGCCCAAGGAAUCGUCGUCAAACUGUUGGCAAUCGGAGAUGACGUUAUCCGAAGUCAGUCAACUACUGAUGGUCGACGACGUGGUGCCGCGGGCAUAGUGUUAAUGUGCAAAAUCGCUGGAGCCCUGGCAGCCGGUGGUCACAGCUUGACCAAGAUUUUUGCCGUGUGUCAGCGCCUGUCUAUGGACCGCAUGGCCACCGUAAACGCAGUAAUUGGUUUAAGAAAGCGGAUGUACAAUGAAAAUUCCAGCAGCGAGAGUGAAGAAGACAUGCUAUUGCUGGGCACGGACGCGAAUGGCAGGAACGAGAUUCGGACCGUGCGGACGACGGAUCUCACAGCGAUGGUGUCUGUCACGCUAAACUUACUUACAAACGACAACCAGCACAUCAUCCGGCGUUGGCGGGAUGCUGACAUCGUGGCCAUGGUCAACAACAUGGGUGGCAUGUCAGACGCGCGGUUCAUGGCCAUCGUGGCCGAGUUGACCGAUCGGCUCGGCGCGGCCACCGGCGCUCGCGGGGUUCACCGGUGGUACACGGGCCGGAUGUUACCGUCAUCCGGUGACACAGACCACGGAUUUUCCGUGACCAUAAUGGACGUUGGCACCGCAGCCCGUGGAUCGGCCCCCGCCGACGAGCGUGUGUACGGUGGCCUUUGCUAUUCAUUGAUGACUUGUCUGGAUUUUCCGGUAUCCGCUUCCGGUUGGACGUUCACCGGCUUGGACGGACGUCUUGAUUUGGCCCAGCACCCUCCGCCCGAGUAUGUCCGACGCCAAAUACACUGCCCUUGUGACCUCCUGAUGGGUGGAAAUGACCGUGGUGGUGACAUCUACGAACAUGAUGAAGACGACGAUGACAACGAUUUUCCGCCAAGCCCGAUCGUGCCCGAAGACCAAGUUCCGUUCGUAACGGAAGUUUUGAUUCACGUGUGCGAUCGGAUCGUCGAGACAGAGAGCCAGAUGAAUGCAAUGGAUGAGGCGGAUGAUGGCGACUGCGGCAGCAACUGGCGGCGUGGCGCCGAGGCAAUUAGGGAGGCCAUUACUGCGGGCAAGGUGGACGUGACCAACCCUGCAAGCACACUGCGCUCAAUUGGCCGGCUACUUGAGACCCGCAUGGCCGGCACUUUGGGCACGCUGUUGUCCAUUUUAUUCCGCUCAUUCUCACUGUCAUUUUCCAAGCACUCUUGCCGCGUGUCUCUCAGACCCAGCAUGUGGGUAGACGGCCUUCGCCACGGUAUAGCAGCCGUCGAGGCGUACGGCAUGCGUCAACCCGGCAACCGGACCAUAUUGGACGCAUUAGUUCCGGCCGUCCUGAGUAUGGAGGACGUCCUGCGCAAAUCUAAAAACCCGAUUCGCCUACUGAACAGAGCGGUUAGAGAAGCGGAUGCGGGAUGCAAGCUGACCGAGCACAUGAUUCGCGGUGGCGAGCAGACCUCAAAUUACGGAGCUGACGCUGGUGCGUACGGCGUGAAAACCGUGUUAGAAGCAAUACUGGAAAAAUACACCGAACGAUCGGCUGCCGCGAUGGCGACAGCGACGGCAAAAAAUUGCAUAUGUUCGACCCCGACGUGA